UGCCCCUUUAACACUGGCUCUGCCCGGCCCCUGUCAGCAGAGAAGGCAGAGCCUGAGCUGGGAGAAUUUGCAGCUGCUGCUGAGGGUCUGUGCUGGGUGGCCAGGAGGGAGGAGGAGGCACAAAGGGCCAGGAGCCAGGCUGCUUCCCCCUUGCACAGCAGGGGCUGGGCUGAGAUGGCUGAGGAGCCAUCCAGCACCCUGGCUGUCGUCAGAAGGAGCAGGAGAGUGAGGAAGACAAGAAACUUUUCUCCUGAAGUGGAAAUUGUGGCGAAGGGGAGAAAAGUGAGCAGGGGGGAUCGCACAGCCAGGCCAGGGCAGACAAGGCGGGUUAAAGGAGCAGCUGGCUUGGAUUCUGGGAAAGGCCGCGGAUUCUGCUGCGACCUCUGCAGCUCUCCUUACCUUGUCGACCCCAGCCGCAGAGGCAACCAGCUAAAGACCUCUAGCUCUCUGCCUUCUCCACGCCACAAACAGGAUCCCAGGACAGGCCAGGUGCUGACGCUCUGCAACGCAUGUGGUCUGGCACUCGCCAGGCCUCGGAGCACUCCGAACCCCGCGAAGGAUCCUGGGCCGGAUGAGAGGAAGCGGCAUGAAGAGCAGCUGCAGGCGUUUGGACGGGCCAUGGUGGAGCUGCUCGGGGACCAGGAUGGGAGCAAGCUCUGCUGUCCUGCCUACACCAGGAAACCCUGCCUCUGUCUCCAGAAUUAUCUCAAAGCCCCAGGGCUGGGUGAGAGCGAGAGCCGGACACGAGCCCUCGAGUUCUUGAGGUUGCUGCAGGAAUCCAAGCGACUGAAAGCCGUGAAGUUCUGCAGCGCCGGGGACAGCCAGCAAGCCCGGGAGCCCAGGAGGAGGCAAGCCGUCGGGCUGGUGAGCGGCCAGCGGAGAUCUCGAGCCUUCGAGGACUUUGUCCUGAAGAACCGGAGGGUGUUGCGUGAAGAGCUGAAACUAUGCGAGAGAGCCACGCAAAGGAUUCUGGGAUACUCCAACAACUUCCUGCAUAAAAAGCUCAAAACAAGCAGCCAAAAGCCUGCCAGAGUUGAGCGGAAGAAGGGGAAAGGGGCUCUGGGGCUCCUCAAGCCCAUUGCAGAACUCGGCGAAGAGAAGUGCUGCGCGGCCAACUGCACUGCAAUGGCCCACACCUACGGCCGGUUGCUGCAGCACUGGAGGGAUCGAGCAUUAAUGGGCCAGUCGGAGGCUCGCCGAGUCCUAGCCGAAAUGCUAACGCCCUCAGGGGGCUGUAGGUGUAACUGUUACCGCUUCAUAUCCUGGGUGACUGGCUCCAGCCCGAGCACCAUUAGCAAGGUUAACGAGCAGAUGAAGAGGACGGGGGGAGAUAGGGAGCCCCCUCCCCACAGACUCAAGCAGUGGAGGAAGACUGAGCAGCAGCAUCUGCGGGGCCUUGGCUACACUAGGGAUCCAGCCCACCCUGCGCAGCCUUCAACCCCUGGUCCAGUCUCCGGCUCUCUCUCAGCUUCUUGGUCCGGACUCCGGGCUCCGUCCAGCCCGUCAGCAGAUGCAGGGAGCGGAGGAGAUCUGGAAAGGCCAAGAGCUGCAGCCUCCUUUGAUCCUGAUGGGGGCAAACAAAGGGGCUGUUCCAGGCUCCAUUAACUCUGGGGGCCGGUUUCUUGGUGGCUGCGUUGCAGGUGCUGUGAGGGGCCCGCUGCCCAGCGCAGAACAGAGACUCCCGUCCCAGCUGGCAGGAGGCGAUGAGACCCGACAGCCGCUUGCCCUCCCCAGCAGCCGCCUCCCUCCUCGUUAGCAGCACACGUGGCUGCCCCAGCGCUCCCGGGGGCUGGAGCGUGGGUCUCAGAAGGCAGUUUGCCAGCUCAGCUAUCGGGGCUGCUCUCAGCUCCCCAGGCGAACGCCGCCUGCUUCAUCGUGAAAGCUGAAGGACAGCCCGUGAGUGGGGAGGCUAAGGUCACUGUUCACCUCGGCUGGCCAAUGACUUUGUGCUGCCCUGGGUAGGGCUAAGGCCGUCCAGCCCUGACCUCACUGGCUCCCAGCUAUGCAGGAGUGCUCUGGUUAGUGAUACGGUAUCGCCGCCAGCAAGCAAAUCCAGAGCGUCUGGCCCAAGGAGGGGUGUGUCCAAGGGCUAGUGUGAGAAGGCAGCUGUGACGAGUCCAACAGCCCUGCUGGUCCUGGGAAUCUGUGGCCACCCUUGCAAUCCCUGCAGCAAAGCUGGUCCUUGGAGCAUCAGCCCCAGGGCAUCCGCAUUCUAACUGGUGCGGCUCUUGCCUUGUGAAACGGAGACCGGCUGGGUGCACGCCCGGGGCCCUGGAGCUGGAGUGUGUGAAAGCAGGUCAGUGUAUGCCCCAGUAAGGUCUAAGCAGCCCCUGAACCUUUGUAAGUGGACAGCACUGCCCUGGGCAGGGGACUUGGCUCCUCAUUCCAGGUCCCCUACGGUAGGACUGACUUGCCCUGGGAGAGAGAGGCCUCCUAGGCUUUGGAACUCUGUCCCAUCGCAGCUUCCCUGUGCCUGCCCUGUAGGAAAGACAGGCCCGACUGGGUCCUGUCUCUAACCCAUUGCUUGACCUGUCAUCGCUGGCUGGGAGAGCCAGUUCCUGUUCCCCAAGAGUCCUGCAGCAGGGGCUGGCAGGCAGUGCAAACAGAGACCCAGCAGCUGGGAAGCUCGUAAGCACCUGCUUAAACUUUAGCCUGUGCACUUUCCCCAGGCACGGCUUUGCUUGCACUGCUGCUGGAGUUCUCCUGAAAA